AUUUACAAUUAAUUAAGUGAAACAUCAUUAAAAUGAAUGACAACAUCAGUUUCACUGAAAAUAACGAAGACUAUCAAUUCUACGCUUUAGUGGAAAUUAUCAAAAGUGAUUGUAAAUCUUUUAAAAUCGUCAAUUAUGAUCAAAUCUUAAGCAAACAUAAUGUUUUGAAGCCGGAGAUACCCGUUUUGGUGAUAUUAGAAGAUGAGUUUGCUUGUAAGGCCAUUAUAAAAUCGGUUUCUGACAUACUUUCUAGGUUGGUGACGUAUAAAAAUGAAUUACAAAAUCAAUAUUUUAAAAGCAAAUUUAAACGAGAAAGACAAGAUGACGAUACACAAAAUAAUCAAAAUUCAGAGAAAAGAAGAAAAUUAUCAAGUAAUGAAUGUUAAUGUAAUUUGGUGAGAAAGCUAAAAAAAAUCUUUUUUUUAACAAUUGUUAAAUGUAGAUUUGUUAGGGAAUUGUUAGGACUUAAAAUCAAUCAGUUAAAAACCACAAUUAACUUCCAUUGAAUUUGAGAAUCAAUGGUUACAAAUAGAAAUAAUUAUCAGAGAAUAAUAUAGUUUUAAUAAAAUGACUCUAAAAAGUCAGAAUACUUCGAAGAUAUUUGGUAAUGUUUUACCUAUAAAAUCGAUUGAUGCAAGCAAAUACUUUAAAAUUUCGUAUUAAAGUUACAAUGUACUUAUAAUUCAUUUUAUGUUUUAUUUAUUAAUAUUU